GCGGACAUGGUGUGAGCCGCCGGGACGCGCCAGCGGGAGCCGACCGACUCCGGGUGUCGCUCCCCUCGCCCCUGACCAGAGAGAGAGAGAGACCCUCGCGCUCCGCGUGUCCCCGCGCCGGGGAAGCCUCGGCGCCGCCGGCACCAUGAGUGAACAGAGUAUCUGUCAGGCAAGAGCUGCUGUGAUGGUUUAUGAUGAUGCCAAUAAGAAGUGGGUGCCUGCUGGUGGCUCAACUGGGUUCAGCAGAGUUCAUAUAUAUCACCAUACAGGCAACAACACUUUCAGAGUGGUGGGCAGAAAGAUUCAGGACCAUCAGGUCGUGAUAAAUUGUGCCAUACCUAAAGGGCUGAAGUACAACCAAGCUACACAGACCUUCCACCAGUGGCGCGAUGCUAGACAGGUGUAUGGUCUCAACUUUGGCAGCAAAGAGGAUGCCAAUGUCUUCGCAAGUGCCAUGAUGCAUGCCUUAGAAGUGUUAAAUUCACAGGAAGCAGCCCAGAGCAAAGUUACUGCUACCCAGGACAGCACUAAUUUGCGAUGUAUUUUCUGUGGGCCAACAUUGCCUAGACAAAAUUCACAACUACCUUCUCAAGUUCAAAAUGGCCCAUCCCAAGAAGAAUUGGAAAUCCAGAGAAGACAACUGCAAGAACAGCAACGACAGAAGGAGCUGGAGAGGGAAAGGAUGGAGAGAGAAAGAAUGGAAAGAGAGAGGCUAGAGAGAGAGCGACUAGAAAGAGAGAGGCUGGAGAGGGAGCGCCUAGAGCAAGAGCAGCUGGAGCGGGAGAGGCAAGAACGAGAGAGGCUGGAACGCCUGGAGCGAGAGAGGUUGGAGCGGGAGCGGCUGGAGCGGGAGCGGCUGGAGCGGGAGCACCUGGAGCAGCUGGAGCGGGAGCAGGCCGAGUGGGAGCGGGAGCGCAGAGUGUCCAGUGCUGCUCCAUCUUCAGACAGCUCCCUGUAUAGCGCUCCACUUCCUGAGUAUGCCAGUUGCCAGCCUCCUUCAGCACCUCCUCCAUCAUACGCUAAAGUCAUCUCAGCUCCAGUGUCAGAUGCCACUCCUGAUUAUGCUGUAGUGACUGCUUUGCCACCUACUUCCACACCCCCUACACCACCACUGCGACACUCAGCGACACGUUUUGCAACAUCUCUAGGGUCAGCCUUCCACCCCGUUCUUCCCCAUUAUGCUACAGUUCCUCGUCCUCUGAACAAAAACUCUCGACCUUCUUCUCCUGUGAACACACCCUCUUCUCAGCCUCCAGCUGUGAAGUCCUGUGCCUGGUCUACUUCCAAUUUCUCGCCCCUCCCUCCGUCUCCUCCAAUCAUGAUUAGCAGCCCCCCUGGCAAAGCUACUGGCCCAAGGCCUGUCCUCCCCGUUUGUGUCUCCUCUCCUGUGCCCCAAUUGCCUCCGUCACCAACAGCACCCAAUGGGCUGCUGGACUCAUACCCAGUGUCUCCACCGCCUACCUCAGGGCCAGCAGCGCCACCACCGCCGCCACCACCACCACCACCACCACCGCCGCCGCCGCCUCCCCUCGCCUCACUCUCACACUGUGGAUCGCAGGCUUCUCCUCCUCCAGGCACCCCUCUUGCCUCAACUCCCUCAUCCAAGCCCAGUGUUCUCCCUUCUCCCUCUGCAGCUGCCCCUGCCUCUGUGGAGACCCCUCUAAAUCCUGAGCUGGGAGACUCCUCUGCUUCCGAGCCAGGCUUGCAGGCAGCCUCUCAGCCGGCAGAGACGCCCGCCCCGCAGGGCCUUGUCUUGGGACCACCCGCACCUCCACCUCCUCCACCCCUCCCACCAGGUUCUGCCCAGGCCUCAGCACUUCCACCUCCCCCUGGACCCCCUCCCCCACCUCCACUGCCAUCCACUGGGCCCCCCCCCCCACCUCCCCCACCCCCUCUUCCGAAUCAAGCACCCCCUCCUCCUCCCCCACCUCCUGCCCCUCCCCUCCCUGCAUCUGGAUUUUUCUCGGGAUCCACGUCAGAAGACAAUCGCCCAUUAACUGGACUUGCAGCUGCAAUAGCAGGUGCAAAGCUUAGGAAAGUGUCUCGGGUGGAAGAUGGCUCUUUCCCAAGUGGAGGGAGUACCAUUGGUGUGAACUCGGCCUCAUCCAAAACAGAUGCUGGUCGUGGGAAUGGGCCCCUUCCUUUAGGGGGUAGUGGCUUAAUGGAAGAAAUGAGUGCCCUGCUGGCCAGGAGGAGAAGAAUUGCUGAAAAGGGAUCAAUAGACACAGAACAAAAAGAAGACAAAAGUGAAGAGUCAGAGCCUUUAACUUCUAAGGCCUCAUCAACAAGCACACCUGAACCAACCAGAAAACCUUGGGAAAGAACAAACACAAUGAAUGGCAGUAAGUCACCUGUCAUUUCCAGACCCAAAUCUACACCCUCAUCACAGCCCAGUGCCAACGGAGUCCAGACAGAAGGACUGGACUAUGACAGACUGAAGCAGGACAUUUUAGAUGAAAUGAGAAAGGAACUAACAAAGCUGAAAGAAGAGCUUAUUGAUGCAAUCAGGCAGGAACUGAACAAGUCAAAUACUGCGUAGAGAAGCAAACUAAGGAGAGAUAGGACUUUGAUCUGGAGAAAAACAAAAAUUCCUACAAACAACUGUUAACAACAACCCCCUAUGAUUUUGUGAACUGUAAGAAGAAAAUGGAUACACAGUCAGGAGGGGAACACUGACAACCUGAAAGCCUUCAGACAUGAUGACUAUGGCAAUCAGCGUUUUCCCUCCCUGUUUGCUGCUUUUUUUCUGACCUUUACCACAGGAUGGAAGAGUUGUGUUUGAGUUCCUGUAGCAGUACUAAAUCCAUCAGGCAAGAUCUCCUUGCAUUGAGAUAUUUUCCUGUUGAGAUAAAACCACACAUUUUUCACAAUCCAUUGCUAACAUAAAGAAGAGAAAGGCUUAUGUCGUUUUCUUUUUCCAGAGGGUGCUGAGGAAGAAUUUAGCAAGUUCUGCUAUUGUAUUGUAAAUGUUUCUCUCAGGUUUGUCUUCCUAUCAUAUUUGAUAUUCCGUGAAUAACUGCAAUUAGCCCUGUGUAAGUUAAGAUCAUAAAUAUGGAACAAAUGGAAUUGUAUGUGCUUUCAAAGGGUGGUAUUUAAAGGAAAGUGUCCUAAAAGUGAUUGGCCCUGCUUGAGGAAUUUUAGAAUGAUAGGAAGUCUCUCAUUAGCCUUCAUGCAAUUUUGUAGUUGAAAACAUAAAAUUCGUCCAGAAUUUAAAGAUUUAGAUGCCUUCCUAAAUUGUUACAAUGCUUUACCAAAUCUAUGACUUCUAUAUAACAAAAAUCAAUGGUCAACUGUAAAACAUUAUAUUAUAGAUUUACUAUAGGUUUUCAACCUUUUUUUAGAUUUAUGCAUGUGGACAUUUUUAUAAUGUAAUUACAAUCACCAACAAAGUUAGCUUUUCUAAUUACAGACAGUAAUGCAUGUCACACUAAUACGUAGUGACCUUUUCAAGGUCUAGUCCCAGGGAGAAUAUUUUGUAGAAUAUAGGGAAGUGGGAGGAAGGGAAGGAAUAAUUUUUUAUUUAAAGUUAAUUUCUGCACUGUCUUUUUUUUCAAUUACCUGCAUGAAUAAUAAUGGGAUAUUUUGUGACUUUAAUUGGUAAUAUGUUAACAAACCAAGUACUUGCUCUUUCACAUCAUGUCUUCAGCUGUGUGUAUUUUAACCAGUAAUCGCAAUGGUCUGAAGCAUGGCUCUGAGCUUCACAUGAGUUACAUCUCACUGUGGAACCCGAACGUUUGAUCACUGAAUGUGGCACUGUGGUAACCAAGUGCUCCACGGUGAUAUAGGUGUUCAGGUACAUGUUCCUGACUGUGAAGCUUCUUUUGGACUUUAUUGUGUUGAAAUACAAGAAAAAUAUUGGUAGCAGCAAUUAAGGUCACAGAAAUCACCAGAUAAAGGGAAACCAAUGAGGAGUUCUGCAGUUUUUUUCUAAUAAAUAAAGUGACACUUAGGUGAUGAGAAUGAGUCAUACUGUCAGCAGCCUGUGUGGAUCUCUGUGUAUGUGAGUGGGUGGGUGUGGAUGUGUGUGUGUGUUUAAUCCACUCCCUUCAUUUCAUAAUUGAUAAAAUUAAAAUAAGGGAGAUAUCCUAUAUGUUGUAAUGUUAGCUUUUAGAAAAUUUAGGUAAUCAGAAAUUCUCCAGGCUCUCCAUCAUGAUUUAUGCUUGAGUUGAUAUGUGCCAUAUUUGCUUUAAAAUCUUUGAUUAUCAAACCUUUUACUAAAAUUUUGAAGGACUAAUCCAUUUUCAUUGCACUCUAGAUUUCAUACUUCUCAGUUAUAAGACAAGCUUAUUGAAAACAUGACUUUGUAAAUGCUGUGGAUUUGCAGCCAUUACCACUACAAAGAAGUUUGAGGGAAUUUGUUUCCUUGCUAAAAGAGUUUCUGUUUCUAUAGAAACUUCAUUUUUAGAUUAAACUGCGAUGGAUGAGCUAUCGUAAUUCAAGUAUAUAGUUCUUUUUCUAUCUAGUGUUCAUUGUCAUGCAGAAAUAGCAAAGGCAUUAAAGAUGCAGCAAGCUUAUGUUGUUAUUCUUAGAAGAACUGGGAGAGGCAUUGUCAUGUUUAUUGUACUUUUGAUUAUGCAGCUACUUUGACAGUGUAAAGGUUUAUAUUCCCCUACAAAUCUGGGUCAGAAAUCACUUGAUUUUGUUGGCUAAAAUAGGCUAUAGUAAGAAGGUGGGAUACUGGGUACAAGUGGUCCAAAGUAAGAGAACAGGCUAAAGUAAAAUGCUAAAUCUUAAACCGGUUUAUGCACUAGACGUUUUGUGCCUUGGUCUAAUGUUAACAUGAUGUGUGUGGAGAAUGACAGGAAAGAACCAGUGUUGAAUCAUGCUGUAUUUCCAUCAUUUUGCAUCAUACCAGACUGCUACAUGCGUUCCUCCUCAGAAGCUUCAUUGAAUUACUCUGCCCAUUCACUGUCAUACAUGGCAGUUUGGUCAUUGUUAGAGAUUUCAGUAGUUAAAACGGGAAACAAAAGCUUGUUAUUUUUCUUCUCAAAAUGUUCCUUGGAAUCAUAUUUUAAUGGUUUUGUGUUCCUGUGUGUUGGGUGUCUUCAGCUGAGUACAGUUUAGGGAUCCUUUCUGAUUAUAGGAAGAUACUGCUCUCCUCAACACUGUGAUCUGACCUGAGACAAGUCUGUGCCAUGCGCUCUGUAAUGGCUGGCAAGUCAAUUGCAAACAAACUGAAUGUACAACCCUUAGUGCUGGUGCUGAAAUCUCUUCAGAAUAGUCGUCAUGAUUUUGAAGUUUGUUUAAAAUUUUACAAGCAUCAAGUGUCAAUCAAACUAAAGAUGAAGCACUGACGGAUCCUCAGGCUUCAGGAGUGCUUCCUUCCCAAGGUUCUCCACUCUGCUCGUUUCACCAUCAUGUUCGCUUAAGUUCCUACACGCUGACUUCCUUUGUGCGACUGAAAUAAAAUUGCGUAUAUACA